AGAUUGACCUCACCGCGGGGGCCGGCUUUCGCUUUCUUUAGUGGCUUGGUGUGAAGGCCGAGCCAGUGGUUUGGGCAAUUUCCCUCCCAUCAGGACGGAGGCUCUUGGUGUGUGGGUUGGAGGAGUGGGGCUGGGCCCAAGGAGAUGAUUAUAAUUGAUCGGGAGGGGCCAGGGUCCUUGCUGAGAGGACCCAGCCGAUACUCGGGCCUCUGUGUUAUGGCUGAGGGACGUAAGACACCAAGGAGGAAGUGACUGCCAAGAUCUCAGCUGGAUGGAAGCAUAGUUGGGACCGGAACCAGGAAACUACUUUGCUUCGCACUUUUUCAUGGGAGGAGAGAAAUUCGACACCCCCCACCCUGAAGGUUACCUCUUUGGAGAGAACAUGGAUCUGAACUUCCUGGGCAGCCGCCCGGUCCAGUUUCCCUACGUCACUCCUGCCCCCCACGAGCCCGUGAAGACGCUGCGGAGCCUGGUGAACAUCCGCAAAGACUCCCUGCGGCUGGUGAGGUACAAAGACGAUGCCGACAGCCCCACCGAGGACGGCGACAAGCCCCGGGUGCUCUACAGCCUGGAGUUCACCUUCGACGCUGAUGCCCGCGUGGCCAUCACCAUCUACUGCCAGGCAUCGGAGGAGUUCCUGAACGGCAGGGCAGUAUACAGCCCCAAGAGCCCCUCGCUACAGUCCGAGACCGUCCACUACAAGAGAGGGGUGAGCCAGCAGUUCUCCCUGCCCUCCUUCAAGAUUGACUUCUCGGAAUGGAAGGAUGACGAGCUGAACUUUGACCUGGACCGGGGCGUGUUUCCAGUGGUCAUCCAGGCUGUGGUGGACGAAGGAGAUGUGGUGGAAGUGACUGGCCAUGCCCACGUGCUCUUGGCCGCCUUUGAAAAGCACAUGGACGGCAGCUUCUCUGUGAAGCCUUUAAAGCAGAAGCAAAUUGUGGACCGGGUCAGCUACCUCCUGCAGGAGAUCUAUGGCAUCGAGAACAAGAACAACCAGGAGACCAAGAUCUCUUGGAAAGUCUCACAGGCCCGCUUCAUUAUGGCAUCUGGGCCCAGGACAACUGGAGCAGCUCCACGUGGCAGGAGCGGAGCACCUGGCCGGGCCUCGCCUCAACCCAGGGAACCCUCGGAUGACGAGAACAGCGACAACAGCAACGAGUGUGUGGUGUGCCUGUCCGACCUGCGGGACACGCUGAUCCUGCCCUGCCGCCACCUGUGCCUCUGUACCUCCUGCGCCGACACGCUGCGCUACCAGGCCAACAACUGCCCCAUCUGCCGGCUGCCGUUCCGGGCCCUCCUGCAGAUCCGGGCGGUGCGGAAGAAGCCAGGAGCCCUGUCCCCCGUGUCCUUCAGCCCCGUCCUGGCCCAGAGCCUGGAGCAUGAUGAGCACUCUUGUCCCUUUAAAAAAUCAAAGCCGCACCCCGCCUCCCUGGCCAGCAAGAAACCUAAAAGGGAAACAAACUCUGACAGCAUCCCACCUGGCUACGAGCCCAUCUCGCUGCUCGAGGCGCUCAACGGCCUCCGGGCUGUCUCCCCGGCCAUCCCCUCGGCCCCUCUUUAUGAAGAAAUCACCUAUUCAGGCAUCUCGGACGGCCUGUCCCAGGCCAGCUGUCCCCUCGCGGCUAUCGACCACAUCCUGGACAGCAGCCGCCAGAAGGGCAGGCCGCAGAGCAAGGCCCCCGACAGCACCCUACGGUCCCCGUCUUCCCCCAUCCACGAAGAGGAUGAGGAGAAGCUCUCCGAGGACGUGGACGCCCCUCCCCCACUGGGUGGCGCAGAGCUGGCCCUGCGGGAAAGCAGCUCCCCUGAGAGUUUCAUAACAGAAGAGGUUGAUGAGUCGUCGUCACCAAAGCAAGGGACCCGAGCAGCUUCCAUUGAGAAUGUCCUGCAGGACAGCAGCCCCGAGCACUGUGGCCGAGGCCCACCUGCUGACAUCUACCUGCCAGCCCUGGGGCCCGACUCCUGCUCUGUUGGUAUAGACGAGUAAGCCGGACGGCCCACCUCCAUGGAGACGGCCCACGGCCUCGCCACCACCAGCCCCACCUGGCCUCCACUUGGUGGCCCCAGCCCCGAUCCCAGCGCCGCCGAGCUGACCCCACUCUGAGAGCCUGGCCGAGCUGGCAGCAUGGAGCCCUCGGCUCCCCAGACUUUGCCGAGGGGCUGCUCCGGACCCCGGUGUGAGCCGGCCUCUCCUGUCUGCAUGCCCCCUGUGGCCACCAGGCUCCGAGGGGCCGUGGUGACUCUUGAUCAAAGAGCACAGUGAACUGUCCCUUCUGAGUCUCCCUUUUCUACAGUUGAUAUAUUUGUAACUGGUACAAGAUGAAGGACAGCAGCUUUCCAUCCCUAGUUCAGAGCCCCCGUUCCCCAGGGUCCUGUGGGCUGAGCGGCUGGGGCUGGGGCUGCCCACGUGUGGCCUCCGCUGGCUCUGCCUGCUCCUGCAACAGUGCGGUCCCUGCCCCGAGAACUCAGGAGGCCUGCAGAAGAGAAUUGAUUGGUGGUCGAAGCACCAUCUUCACAGAUGUUCAGGGGCAGUGGGGGGCUCCAGGCACGGUCAAUGAAGGAAACAGUGCCUGUCCACCUACCCUGCGUGUCACUGUGGCGGCCUGGCUGUCGCUGCUUUUUGUCCUCUGCCGUGUUUGCGCGGCCUCAGUGCCCUCCCUGGUGCGUCUGCGCUGGGGCCCUCAGUGCUCGGGGCCUUGGGGUGCAUGGGUGCCGCCCUGGGCAGCUAGAGUGUCUCAGCCCGGUGCUGGGCCUGGCCGAGGGGCGGAGGCACAGCUGCUUCCAGCAGCCAGCAUUCAGUGGCCUUGUCACCAAGCUCCACACCUCCUCCUGGUGCUGGCUUUGGUGACAUCACAAGGCCCCUCCAGGUGCAGGGGCUUCUGUUUGGCAGGCCCCUGCCAGGGAGGACCUGGUGGCCUCCUCAUUCUCUUUUGCCAUUGGAAUGUCCCUUUGCGGUUCUCUUCUCUCUUUUUUUUUUUUUUUGAGACGGAGUUUCACUCUUGCUGCCCAGGCUGGAGUGCAAUGGCUCAAUCUCGGGUCACUGCAACCUCCGCCUCCCGGGUUCAAGUGAUCGUCCUGCCUUAGGCUCCUGAGUAGCUGGGAUUACAGGUGCCUACCAGCAUGCUCGGCUAAGUUUUUUGUAUUUUUAGUAGAGAAGGGAUUUCACCAUGUUGGCCGGGCUGGUCUCAAACUCCUAAGGUCAUCCACCUGCCUCGGCCUCCCAGAGUGCUGGGAUUACAGGCGUGAGCCUCCGCGCCUGGCCCCCUUGCAGUUCUCUCUGAUUUGGUUUCUUCUAUCGCAGGCUUCUGUGGCAGGACUGGCCCAGGGAGGAGGAAGCCAGCAGCACACCUGGGGAAUGGGGUCCCGGCCGGGAGGCUUGGCCUCUGGGCGACCUCGUCCUGUUUUUUUUGUUUGUUUGUUUGUUUUUUUAAAGGUAAACUUCUUGGGCCGCAGAUGGCAAAGGGAGUGCCUGGGCCUGGUGACCCAGGGCUGGAUCCACCCCUGCAGAGCCCUGGGCCAGGCAGGUGUCUGCUGCUCCCCUGGCUCUGGAGGGCUGCCCUGCAGCUGGGCCUGGGGACAGGUCGGCUGUGGGGCAGCUCAGUACCCUCCCUGAGGCUCACGGUGGCUCCGAGCAUGAGCUCUGCCUCCUGGGCGAGACCCAGCAGUGGACAGCACGGUCCUCACACCCAGCUCCCUGCACACCCAGGCCAGCCACCCCUCCUGCUCGUGCACAGGCACGCAGAUGCGCUCACACGUACACGCUCACAAAUGCACGCCCACUUGCACAUGCUCACGCACACGUUCACACAUGCACACUCACGCUCACACAUGCUGUCACGCAUACACACACGCACAUACUCAUGCACAUGUUCCCAUGCAUGUGUGUGCACUCGGACCGAGCAUCUCCCACGCACCUCUACCCCACCCCAAGCACCUCUCUCCCCCCAUGCACCUCUCCCCAACAACACACAGCCCCUUGCACCGCCCGCCCCCCGCCCCCACCAAGGCCCCAGCCUCUGGCCAUCAGUCCUGGUGCCAGAGCUUUGGGUGAAGUUCGGGCCGCAGAGUGGCCCGCUGGGACUCCCUUGUGCUGCCGUCUGAUGUGCUCAGAUGGGCUCAUCGUUGGUUCGUUUUUACUGUAUAUUUAUAGUAAUAAAAUCAUGCAGCAAUA